UAAAAAUGUGGUCAGAUUAAGCAGAUGCUAAGCUACAGGACUGUUUUGCUAGCACAGACUGGAAUAUAUUCUGGGAUUCUUCCGAUGGCAUUGAGGAGAACACCACAUCAGUCACUGGCUUCAUCAAUAAGUGCAUUGAUACGGUCUUCCCCACAGUGACUGUACGUACAUACCCCAACUAGAAGCCAUGGAUUACAGGCAACAAUCGCACUGAGGUAAAGUGUAGAGCUGCAGCUUUCAAAGAGAGGGAUGUACUCACUUUUGUUGCCAGCGGUUUAGACAUUAAUGGCUGUGUGUUGAGUUAUUUGGAGGGGACAGCAAAUUAACACUGUUAUACAAGCUAUACACUCACUACUUUACAUUGUAGCAAAGUGUAAUUUCUUCAGUGUUGUCACAUGAAAAGAUAUACUCAAAUAUUUACAAAAAUGUGAGGGGUGUACUCACUUUUGUGAUAUGCUGUACAUAAUUUAGUCAUUAUUCAUAAAAAUCCCAUUGGUACAGUACAUCUGACCAGAGAGACUCGUUAUUUCCAUGUGUUCCAAGUAAACAGUCUUCCAGUUGGGCUGCUCUUCAGCCUUCAGCCUUAUUUCCUUAUUUCCUGUUCUUUUGUGUUGAAGCUGAAGGGUUAACCUCCCCAGGCUCCCAAAGACAUGGCCCCUCCCCAGUCUCACUGGUGAAAUAGGAGCCCUGUGUUUUUAGACAAUUCCUCUUACUGCUUCCAUCAUGGCCGUGCAUCUGGCCCAGAGUGCGAUGCAGAGGAGCAGCCGCUGGCUCCUGCUGUGCUCCACAGCCCCAGCUCUGGUCUCCACCAGGUGGGUAGGGGGCACCCGUUCUCCCUCCAACACCCUACCAUCCACCUCCCAGGGUAAGAUUCGGACUGCAGAUGACCUCCCCAGGAUCAAAACCCGGGAUAUGUUUUACAGAAUGUUUGUCAAAGGCUACUACAACCGCUUACACGAGCUACAGGAUAUCCUUCUCGUCGGACUCAUCAAAGGAAAAAGUUUCUUCCAGUCCGCGGUGUAUGAGAAACAGCUGUACGGCCCCAUGUACAAAAUGGGCAUGGGCAAGUUUCACUCCAUCGCCCUCAACAGUGUGGAGCUCCUGGAGGAGCUACUUAGGAAGGGUGAGAAGUUCCCCAGCCGAGGAGAUAUGUCCCUCUGGACAGAGUACCGGGACCUGAGAGGCAUCGGCUAUGGCCCCUUUACUGAGGAAGGGGAAAAGUGGUACAAGCUGCGGACUGUGCUGAACAAGCGCAUGAUGCACCCCAAAGACUCUGUGCAGUACGGAGACGUUAUCAACGAGGUGGUCAGUGACCUGAUCAAGAGGAUCUACCACCUGCGCUGGAUAAGUCCAUCGGGAGACCUUGUGACCAACCUGUCCAAUGAGCUCUACCGAUUCUCUCUGGAGGGAAUCUCUUCCAUCCUGUUUGAGACACGGAUCGGCUGUCUGGAGGAAGAGAUCCCGGUAGAGACGCAGGACUUCAUCGACUCCAUCGCUCAGAUGUUCUCCUACAGCAUGCCGGUGGCCAUGCUGCCUAAGUGGAGCCGCAACAUCCUGCCAAUCUACAGGCACUACAUCGCUGGCUGGGAGGGCAUCUUCAAAUUCUCUGGGAAGUUGAUUGACAUGAAGAUGGAGGCAAUUCAGAAGCGAGUGGAUACAGACCAGGAAGUCGAGGGAGAAUAUUUAACGUACCUCCUCUCCAACACCAAGAUGACCAACAAAGAGGUGUACGGCAGCGUCACUGAGCUGUUAUUGGCUGGAGUGGACACGACAUCCAAUACCAUGAUGUGGGCCAUGCACCUGCUGUCCAGGUACCCCAAUGAGCAGGACACCCUUUAUCAGGAGGUGUCCCACUGCGUACCAGGAGACAAGAUCCCAACUGCCCAAGACGUUAACCGUAUGCCGUACCUCAAGGCCGUCAUCAAGGAAGCACUGAGAAUGUACCCUGUGGUCCCGAUGAAUGCACGCAUCAUGGUAGAGAAUGAUAUCACAAUUGGAGGACAUUUCUUUCCCAAGAAGACUUCGUUUACAAUGUGUCACUAUGCUACCAGCCAGGAUGAAAAGACAUUCCCAGAACCAUCAAAGUUCAAGCCUGAACGAUGGUUGAGGGACGGCCGAGUUCGACCAAACCCAUUUGGCUCUAUACCAUUUGGGUUUGGGGUUCGGGGCUGUGUAGGUCGUCGUAUAGCUGAACUGGAGAUGUACUUGGCUCUGUCACGGCCAAUGUUCACAGAGGAGCUGUCAUAUUUUCAAUCAACUGCAGCCUGAAUGUGAUCCCGACAGAUAAUCAAGCUGUUUGAAAUCAGACCGGACCCCAGCAUAGGAGAGGUGAAAGCCCUCAAUCGCACCGUCUUAGUAGCAGACAGACAAGUCAAUCUGCACUUCGUGGAGAGGACAAACAGAGCUGCACUUUGAUUUGUUAAAGCUGGG